GGAGAAUCGUGUCUGGUCGCUCGAAGUUGACAUCUAGGAUGAGAGGACAGUUCUCAGACGCCCCGCUCAGCUGUUGAAUGACUGCUCGCUGCUAUGGAUCCUCAGUCGCCUAUGCGGCCACCUAGUGACCCCAUUUGGGCUUGCCUCGAGGACACGCUUCUAUGCACUCCUUGACAGCUCUCCGGUCCAACCUGUCUUAGCUUGCGUUCGCCCAUUCCUAUCAGGCACCGCCUCGCCGAACUGCGGCCAGUUCUUCCUACCUCCCAGCCAGCCAUCCACACUAAGCGUUGAUGUGGUAGUUAUCUGGCGCCACCACGACAGCAACUUAUGAAUGGGCGCGAGUCCAAUCUUACACGUUCCCGAGUCCCAACACAGCUUCAAGUCUUCUGACGGCUCCAGGGGCGUUCAACAAGCGCCGUCCGCACAUAUAUAACAACUGUGGAGCACUCGAAGAUCUUCUGCUUAUCUGCCUUCCACCCCGUCCCGAUGCCCGCUUUAGUGCCUCUCGAUAAUAGUGUCGGUGCUCUUUCCAUUGGCGUCACGGUUGCAACCAUGUUAUUUGGGAUCAACUGCAUGCAGUCUUUUCUCUAUUUCGCCGAACACAGCCAGAAAGAUGGCCUUGCACUCAAGCUUUUCGUUGGACUGCUCUGGUUGUUGGAACUCGUCACUGCCGUCCUUAUCAACCACGGCAUAUUCUUCUAUACAGUCUCCAACUGGGGGGAUCUGAGUGUCAUCAACGAGCCAACCGUCUGGUGCGUGCCCUCAUCGAGUAGUCUUCCAUCUCAGAAUCGUAAACCGGUCGCAGGAGUAUUUUGGUCGAAAUUGGGCUCAGUGUUCACAUUCGUAGCCCUAAUGGUCCAAGGGUUCUUCGCUCACCGAGUGUAUAUCCUCGGUGGCAGGAGGAAGAUCCUCCCGGGAAUCAUAAUAUUUUUGACGCUAGCCCAAUUUGCAAUGGGAAUUGGUGAGGGCCGCUGCGUUUCCAUGCUGUUGACGUAUGAUGCUCAUCCGUUGAAAGUCUAUACGAAAGUGUCGUUGUCAUUCAAGCGCCUUUCAGGAGGUUCAAGCGACUACGUGCGUUUCAUUUUACUUGAUGUGAGCCCUACCGAAAUGGAACAGCCAUAUGUCAUGCCGCUCUUUGGUCUGGAACUCUCCGCCGACAUGCUGAUUGCAGCGGGUUUGAUAUAUUACCUGCGUCAACAUGUGAAACGCAGCGCAAUCCGGGAAACACAGCACAUCAUUUACGUGCUCAUCAAAUAUGUCGUGAAUACUUGUCAGUCGCAUGUUUUCCUUGAUCCUCACAGUGCGCUUAUCUUUGUUGGCUGUGCGCAGGUGCACUCGAACUUGUGCCUGGCUCCGCUCAUUGCGCUGUGGUUCUACGAAGCCGAUACGUUGAUCUUCAUUCCUUUUGUGCUGGUGAUGCCUCGAGUAUACUCUCUAUCGCUUCUCUGCUCUUUGAAUAAUCGAGACAAUCUGCGAGAGAUUUCAAACGUCAACCCGGAUAUCGACUUGUCCAUUCACUCUGCCGCUUUCCGCACGGGCGAGAACAUCUACAGAAGUCACGUGGAACUGUCUCCCACCACCUCGACCAAGAGCGCCACUCGAAUAUACUUGCAUCACAGUGUGAUCACCGAUGGAGAACGCCCUGAAUCUAUUGCCGGUCCUUUCACCCCGAAGAUGGCCGUUUGAAAGCGCGAGAGCGUGAUGUAAAUUUGUAAAUGUAAUACCAAUAUAACUACCUACGAGUACCAGUCCUGUAGAUACGAUAAUGACAAGUCCCGGAAUCUUGUGCUUUACG